AUGGAUUCCAUUGUACAGUACAUUUUGAACCGUUCGAAGCUGGAGAUCAGCCAUAUCAAGAUCACCAGAGCUACUAAAGAGACAUUUUACAUGGCCAUUGAAUGCCGGGUCACGGACACCGGUCCCCUUGGUGCCACGCUGGCCCCGAUGACCGUCGACAUGGUUGGUCCGAAAGGCGUGUUCGGUCGCGUUGACCUUCCCGAGGUCAAAACCAAAUCGUCCGGCACCGAUGUGAGCAUGCCGGACCAGGAAAUCCAGAUCAUCGACAUGGAGGCAUACCUAGCCUUCACCGAGUCCAUCCUGAAGGACGAGGAGCUGACCGUCACCCUGGACAACGGCAAGGGCGUUGUCAAGGCGCUGAUGAUGUCGGCGAACAUCAUCUACCGUAAGGAGGUGCGCAUCAAGGGCAUGAAUGGGCCCAAGAGCGAGUUCGUCUCGGUCACCCCGGAUGGCGCGGGUUACAAAGCCGAAGUGAAGGUGCAUAAUCCCUCGCCAAUUGAGAUUGACAUGGGAACGACCAUCUGGGAGGUGCAGACGGAAGAUGGGAAGAAGCUGUCGGAACAGAGGGGUCGAGUACACAUCAACCGCGGCGAGACGACUUACUCUGUGAUUGGGACCAUCGAACCAGGUGCAGCGGCUGGAUCCGCGGGAAAAUUGGUCGGUAUUGGCACUGAGGAGGAUGCAUGGACCAACGAGAGCUUGAAGAUCUUAUCUGUGCCUUUUGCCCUUCCAGCAGAAUAUACCAGCCUGGUGAAGGCUUAG